AUGUCAACCAAUAAACUGAUUGGUAAAUACUUUCCAAUCGAAAAACAAACCGAGCUCCUGCAGACCUUGUCCACAAAUGAGGAAUUUGGUGAAAUGUUUGAGGUGCUAGGCACCAUGGAAUUUGGGAAGGAAGCAUUAGAGGUAGCUACACAGUGUACAACAGAGCAGGUGCUGAAAGGUUUUAAAGGGCACAAUGAGACUGAAGAAUGGGACGUCAGCAAACUGCGGGAGUUGGCUAAACUGACGUCAAAGCUACCAAAUACGUUCGCUGCACUCCAAGAGUGGAUAGUGGGUAUUUUGGACCAGAAUUUACAGGCGCCAAACGAUACAAAUGUGAAGAUGCUACUAGAGUUUCUAGAGCAAACGCACAUGUUUUCGGAAGGGCAGGAGUUGCCCAAGUCAGCGAAGCUGGACAAGCAACUCGUGAAGCUGAUGCAGGCUGAUGACCCUCAAUUGGCUGAGAUUAGCUCAAAAAUUCUGAAGUGGAAAAUUUUGGAUCUAUCCCAGAAGUGUAUGGAAGAUGAAGAAUUUGACCUCUUUGUGUGGGACGAAUUACGAAAGGUGUUCACCUGCAAUACGGACACGUUGAAGCUAAAGAACGGUUACUUAUUUAUCCUAAGGUUCCUCAUGGAAGAUAAAAUCUCUCAGCGUCUUCAUGACUUUAUCGUAUCUGACUUAUUUUGGGAGUCUUUGAAGCGCGGCUUGGAACAUGAUGUCCACGACCUGCGCAAGUUUUCCCUCUCGAUCCUGAAACUUACACUACAAAAGCUUUCGCCCAAAGACAGCUUUACAAAUAAUUGGAUACAGUGGAAGCCUGAGUUGUAUGCUGAAAAUAUUGCUGCAUGGAAAAGGUUUACAACCUUGUACGAGAUUGUUGCGCUUGAUACCGCCCUCAAUCAGUUUGAAGCUGCCAGCGCCGAUAUACUUGAUCUUUUCGAGAACAAACUUUUGAAUCCUUCUUGGGUUCUUGUAAUAUUUUCAACAGGUUUGAAAGCGAGCAUGGAAAGCGUUAGGCGGCACACAGUUCGGCUAAUGCUUCGCAUUAAGGACAAGUCAGUAUUUCAGACGAGUUUGAAUGAGCUGUCCACUGUUUUCCUUCCCGCAGCCAUGUAUGCGCCAUACUUCAGUGUUAUCGAAAAGAAAUGUCCUUACGGCGAGCUCGUAAGCCAAUUUGUCGCAGAACUUGUGCUACACAUUUGCGAAAUGGAGCCUAAAAGCGGACCCUUUGAAAUGAUCUUGGCAAUCUUAAGUUGCCUGUACCAGCAAAGAACGUCUUUUGAGCCAGCUAAAAUCUAUAUUAUUCUGGGUCUUUAUGGCGCUCUAAGACAGGCCAAAGCUCGCUCAAUUGGAGGAAGUCACAUAGAGCUCAUUGCGAAAUCGUUUGAAUCUGAAUCUGAGGACGACGUGUUUGAGAUCACUUUGCAAACUACUUACUUGAAGCUGUUAAUGCAUAUCGAAGUUGAUAUAUCUCCCUACACCUGGAUCGAUGCACUUUCAAGGCACGUGAAAGCCAAAGGUGGCAGCUACAGGUACAUUGCGCCGCUGAUAGAUGACUUAAUUGACGUUUCAGUGCAAUGCUUUGACAAGAAUCAAAUCCAGGAUAUAUUUUCAGAUUAUGACCACGAGGACAGCACUUUUAAAACAAUAGCCUACCUUAUCUUUGGUACUGUACCAAGUGCCAUUGAACCUUCAUUCCUAAAAGAGCUCAGCAAAUAUGGCGAAGUCCAAACUCAGUUUAACGAAAAUUUCAGUUUACUUCUGUCAGAGUUGAUCUCAGCGAAACCGCCAAACUCUACGUACCAAGGCUCACAUGAGCUCUCCAAACUCCCAGUUUUUGGACCUUCAGCUUGGUGCACAGUUGAUCUCCAUCCUCUGUACCAAUCUCUGCUAAAUGACUUUGAUGCAGCAAAGUUCAAGUUUUUUGUAUGCAGCUAUCAACAGACUGUGGAACAUACCAUGAGCACGUUAGACUUGAAUUUAGACGACCUGCUGAAGCUUUACGCAUUUUUGAAGAGACACUGCCAGGAGAAUGUCAGCAAAGGUUUCAAGUAUAAGGAUUCAAUCUACGGCGACUUCUUCAUGUUUCUACUGUCUUUUUUGAAAUGCUAUGCCCUAGAACUGAAUACUAGCUCAAAGAGUAACGAACUGGACUCAAUUCUAGAAUCCCUAAGCUCGAAUGUUUUACGUGAUAACGGAAACUACCAAGGAAAUCUUGCUAUUAUCAAAGUUUUACACUACCUUCUAAGCAACUACGUUACACCCAGAAUUCAAGAUUUUGAAUGUGAACCUCAGGAUGAUGAAGCUAUUGUAUUUCAAGUUGUUCAGAUUUUGUGUUCUAUUUGGGAUUCAACUUCAGACGAGAGACUAGUGCUCAACCAGAAGGACUUGCAUUUAUCUUUCAUAGAGUGCAUAUUCCACCCUUCUGUCUUUUUCUUCGCAUUAACUUACAAAGAUUUAGAGUUAGCAUUAGCAGGAACUCUUUCAAAAUAUGGGAAAAGCAUCAUCCAACACUCAUACUCAAGGAGAACUCUUUUGCCGGUGUUGAGCCAGCAGAUAAAUGCAUUCAUGGAGGUAUAUGGGAAAAACUUGGAGUGGAAGCAACACAAUAAUGACUGGUUGAUAGUUCUUAUGUUUGAGGUGUUUACUCAGCACCAGGUCAAUGUCAAUGGCUUUAGAUUAAAGCCUAUAAUAGCCAAAGCGUUUGAUGAACAAAUCGAAAGGUUAGGAGGCCAUUCUAUGGGCCUCUAUGAAAGAGUUUACAAAUUGCCAGAAGUUUCAGCGCGGGUUUUCAUAAUCAGUGCUCUUUUGAAUGCCAAUGACGAAUUCAAAGAGAAAGCUCUUGAUUAUAUGUUAAAUAAUGACGAGAACUUACUGAAGGCAAAAAAGAGCACCGAUGGGCCUGAAGAGUUAGGAAGAUUGCUUAAAUGGCAAUUACUACUUUUGACAGUUAAAUCCGUUGACCAUGUUACUCUUUCCAAAUACGUGGAGGAGAAGGUCUUACCGAGUAUUAUUACCGAAGCGUCCCCACUAGUGAGGGCUUACAUGGAGUGGAUAUCUGCCAUUGACCUUACUCAAACAUAUUCCGAGGCUCACCCAUUGAACAACGAGGACGCGCUAUUUGAUAUGCUGAAAGAUCAUUCAAGACCUUUGAUUUCCAUAACAGCAGAGAGGAUUUUGUUCAUUGCACUGAAGGGACUUUCUGCUGGAACUUUUUGUGACAGGUUGCUUCAAAGGUUUAUUGCAGAACUUAUACUCAACUGUACAUCUAACAAGCCUCUCAUCAGACAUUUUUCUAAUUCGUUAAUGCUUUCUUUCUGGCCUGCAUUCGAGAACUUGUUGAAAGAGGGAACUUUACGCAAUGUCCUCAAAAAUUUAUAUGACAAUGCUCAAAAGACUCAAGUCCAUGGUCAGUUCAGAUUGGGCGACGCAAUUAUAUGGGAUGCCGAUACGGACUUCACUCUAACUAAUAUUUUUGGAGGUGUCAUUCUCAAAAGCACGGACCAUGAUGUCCCUUAUAUUGAAAGCGCAACCUUCCGCAGGUUUCUUACUUGUGUAGACAAUGUGCCUGUUGGCCAAGACCAGAAACACUUGUGGUUGAAAAAAAGGACUAGGCCAAAACAGGAGGCGGAAGUGUCUUUGCAAAAAGACUCACCUCUCCAGACGAAAAGUGGUGCUUGGGAGACAGUAAUGGACAUCGAUAACCAGAGUUCAGCUGUCACCGUCAAGCGUUCACCUUUGAUUGUUAUAGCAUCUCUCGUGGACAAGGCGCCAAAUCUUGGAGGUAUAUGCAGGCUAUGUGAUGUUUUGGGCGCUGGACUUUUAACUGUCCAUGACAUACGGAUCAAAAAUCAUCCACAAUUCAAAAGCGUCGCUGUCACUGCCGACCGCUGGAUGCCCAUGGAAGCAGUGACAACACAGGAUAUAACGAAGUUCAUGAGGUCUAAGAAGCAAGAGGGGUACACUCUUAUAGGCUUGGAGCAAACUGAUAAGUCUAUUCAACUGGACAAUAAGUUCCAGUUUCCUCCCAAGAGCUUGAUCUUGCUAGGAACAGAAUCUGAAGGCAUCCCAGGGCACUUGCUCAGUGAGCUUGACUUGUGCUUGGAAAUUAAGCAAUCAGGCGUCAUCAGGUCCAUGAAUAUCCAAACUGCUACCGCCGUCAUAGUGCAUGCAUACUCCGCUCAACACACUUAA